AGAUUUGCUUAGACUGACAAAUAAAGAUGUGUACACUGACACAGAGACCACAGAGCAGCGUUACGAUGGAGAGGAUCUGGCUGGGUGCCUUGUAUCUCUCUGGGUGGCACAUCUCCACCUGCCUCUCCCGUCAGUACCACUUUGUUGCUGAUGCAAAGAAUUGGACUGAAGCUCAGACCUACUGCAGGCAGACAUACACAGACCUGGCUACUAUUCAAAAUGCUGAAGAGUUGAAUGAAUUCAUCAGGAGUGUUUUAUCUGCUGGUUACAAUAAUGAUGUCUGGAUUGGUCUGUACAGUGAAAUUGACUGGAUGUGGUCAAAUGGGUACACAGGGAUUGGGGCUGACUAUAAAAGCUGGAUGUCUGGUCAACCAAAUUUUAGAGAUGCAAGUCAAUUCUGUGUGUUGACUGAAAUUAGUGGAUGGGAUGAUUAUUUUUGCACGCUUGAAAAUCAAUUUAUCUGUUACAAUGGGACACAGAUGAAUCCUGAAUUUGUUCUUGUAAAUCAAAUAAUGAAUUGGUUUAGUGCUCAGAAGUACUGCAGGAAGAACUACACCGACCUAGCAACUGUGAUCAGUGACAGUGACAACCAGAAAGUCCAGAGCCUGGUGCAGAAUGGAAUCUCAGCAUGGAUCGGUCUGUUCAGACAUACAAAUUUUUUUUGGUCUGAUGGAAGCAGCUUCAUCUACAAAAACUUUGAUUAUGGGGCAAACUCAGCUGACUCAAAAGUCAUUUGUGGCUAUGCAGAAUUAGGGAAUUCAGGAAAAUGGAAGUUUCAAACUUGUGAUGCAGCAUUACCAUUUGUCUGUUACAACGACCCUCCUGGCCUACAAAUGCAGAUAUGGAAGCUGAAGAUAAAUCUGGACCCUUCUCUGGAGCUGAAUAACCUGACUGUGAAAGAAGACCUCCUGGAAAUGCUGCAGAAUAGACUGAAGGAGAAAGGACUAAGUGGAAUUGCACUGAAGUGGAGAGAGCAGUCUGAUGGGAAAGUCUUCCAUGAGGAGGGUAAAGCUAUCUAAAGAAAUCAAUAAGAGAUUUUAAAUUAAUUGCAAAUUUAUUUUCUCUGUAAUGCAAUUUUUUGGGGAUUUUGUUUUCUACACAGAUCUAACCUGAACCCAGAGUACAUCCUGUAAACCAUCAUGUUGACUUAAAUAUAGUAUAAGAUACUAUAAGAAGUUUGUUGCUCAGUAUUUGUAUACCUUGUGUGUGAUUGCUGUGUGAUCACUGCUCAUUGUAUGAUGGUGUGAUGGUCACUGUUUAAUUGUAUAGUAGUUAGCGAAUUUUUGUGCAUGCAUUCUUAGAUGAAUAUUGUUUGAUAACAAAAUAUUAUAUACUAAUUUCAAUGUUUAAGUCUUUAAUGUAUAAAUAGCCGAUAUGUAAUUUUUUUAAGGAUGAAAAUCUAUCUCGUAUCUCUGACAGACCGACCUUUACCCCACAUGUUUUGCCAUUCCCAACAUCCCCUGGAUGUUACUAUGGAACACACAGGAUAAGUGAACUGAAAGGACAAUAAAUAAACACUGAUGAAUGAAACACUGUGAGUCUAACAAUAGUACAAACUAAUUCACAAUGAGGGGUUUUAGCAUUUGGGACUUCUUUUUUCCUUUUGUGAUAUUUCUAUGGCUGACAGUGAGGGCUUUGUCCAUGUGUGCUGCAGAGGUUUUUCCUUAUCAGUAUUACUGUUUGAUGUGUUUUAA